AUGACCAAGAAGACCAACAUGCUAGAAGAUCUUGAUAGCGAUGAACCACUGGAAGUAUUCUCUUCCGGAGCUUCUGCAGGCGAAGAUCCGCCAGCAGCAGAACUAGGACUCGAUCCAGCAACGGGAGCAGGAGAUCCAGGGUUCGAUUCAGGUGAAGAAGCUGGUUGGGAACCUGAUUCUGGGCUCUCAGGGGAUCCAGGAGAAGAAGCUGAACCGGGUGUCGAAGGUGAAGUAGAGCCAGAAGAUGAUCCUGAUUCAGGGGCAGCAGGUGAUUCUGGAGAUGAGGCAGCCCCAGGAGCGGCAGGUGAUUUAGGUGCAGAGCCAGAUUCUGGAGAAGAAGCAGGAGAUUCGGGCGAAGUACCAGAUCCUGGAGAGGAAGGAGCCUUGGGGGAACUUGGGGACUCUGGACUUGAAGGGCUCUUUGGCGAAGAGGGCGAACCAGCGCCUCCUUCAGGUGAUCCUGGAGAUGAAGUGGACUUAGCAGGCGAGCCAGGGGCGGGUUCAGUCUCUGUGGAAGGACAAGGAACAGUGAUAGUAACACUUUCAGUAGUUGUAGUGUAUAACACAGUACCUGCCGAUGUGGAACAAGGAACUGUCAAAGUGGUGAGACUUGUAAUUGUUGUAUAA